AUGCGGAUCUCAAUACGGGAGCAGCUCGGACUGCUCGUCCUCUUUUGCUCCCUGACGUCUCUUAUGGUUCUUGCACUUGCUGUGUGGUUCCAAAAUUAUAACUUCAUCACCGGGAUCAGAUUAUCUGGUCUGUCCCUGACGGCAUCGCUCAAAGCAGCACAGUUCACAAGCGCACUGCUGUUGUAUGAUUCACAGGCCAGGCUGAUCAGCACGCGGCUGCUAAUCCAAAGUGCUCUGGGAAGAUACAAUUCGGGAAAUACAUCAAACGAGAAUUGGCAGCGCUCUGUGAAUGACCUCCAGGGCGCUUUGGCCAAUGGCAGCGUUCUUGUUCAGGCGAUACUGUAUCCCAAUGCAUUCAAUGGCAACCAGACCGCUGUCAAUGGGUUACUCAACGUCACUGCGCUUGGAUUGAACGGCUCUAUCAAACUGCCGUAUAACUACACGAAUGGCUCGGCGGUUUACUUGGGAGACCCGGGCUUGGGCUACCCGCCUUCGCUUUAUCCGAAUCUGACUUAUGGCCCUCCGCAACCGGGAACUAAUUUUUCAACGAUUUUCUACCAAGGAAAAAUCAUUCGGCCUGACGACACUCUUUUCCUAGGACCUUUGGUCGUGAACGAGACCUAUUCACUUCUAUCACUCACGGUUCCGCUGAUCAAUAACACGUCUCGGUCCGAUGUCCUGGGAUGGAUGACCGUUCUGGUCAAUACCGAUAUGAUCUAUGAAAUCCAGCAGUCCCCUGAAGGACUGGAUAAGACGGGGGAGACUCUUCUCAUUGGUCCGGCGACGUCGAAUAAUCAUUUUGAGCGACAGAUUCGGGGAUCUAGCAAGUCCUACGUGGAGUCUCAACUCGUCCGGUUUGUCCUGCCGCCCGAAAACAACGCUACACUGGGAUAUCGGCACCAGGCUCGGAGCGGUGUCGACAAUGCCACCAAGCCAUUCCUUGCUUCAGAUUAUCGGGCGGUUGUUUCGGCAUGGAGCAAAGAUAACAAGGCAAUUAACAAUGCUGGUGCUUAUAUUUCAACCCACAACGAAGAUGGGAUAAGAAUCUCCGCUGGCUAUGCCACGAUAUCUACGAAGUUCGUCGAUUGGGUGGUGGUCGUGGAACAGUCGCACCACGAGGUAGUUGCACCCAUCGAUCAUCUGCGCGAUGUUGUUCUUAUCUGUGUCUUUUCCGUAACCGGCUUGCUCCUAGCCGUUAUGUUUCCCAUGGCACACUAUUCCAUCACUCCAAUCCGACAUCUCGCAGCCGCAACCGCUAGAACCGUCGAGCCUUACCAACCCGACGAUAACAGCGAGUAUUCCAGCACUAUCGGUCAGCAGGGAGCAGAAGUGGAGGAAAUCUUAGAUGCUGAGGAACGCGAUGUGGCUAGGAAGGAGGGCUUUUUUGGUGUUCUAACUAGAAUCACCAAGACGAAACAAACAGAACGAGCGACCACUCCUCGCCACCUGCGACGCAGAACGUUCAGAAUACCUCGGAAAGUGCCAGAGCGAAAACACCUUAUCACCGAUGAGCUUACCGAGCUUACACGCACAUUCAACGAGAUGUCUGACGAGCUGACAAUGCAAUACGAGCGUCUCGAGGAAAGGGUAAAGGAGCGUACUGCAGAGCUUGAGAAGAGCAAGAAGGCAGCGGAAGCGGCGAACCAGAGCAAGACACUUUUCAUCGCCAAUAUUUCCCACGAAUUGAAGACGCCUCUUAAUGGUAUCCUUGGCCUCACCACCGUUUGUAUGAAUGAGGAUGAUUUAGGCCGGAUCCGGUCAACCCUCAAUACCAUCUACAAAUCCGGAGAUCUGCUGCUCCACUUGUUGACUGAUCUACUCACUUUCAGCAAGAAUGAGGUCGGACAACAGCUAUCGAUAGACGAAGCGGAAUUCAGACUGAGCGAUCUGAGUACGCAACUAAUGCCCACCUUUGAAAAGCAGGCUCGUGAGGCACAGGUAGAUCUCAAAGUACUUUUCCUUGGGACGAAUGACGCUUUUGGCGACGCUUCUGAGUUAUCGGGAGAGAAACUGUACGGACCUGUUGGCACAGGCCGCGUAAGGGAUAUGUGCCUAUGGGGUGAUAAGAACAGGAUUUUGCAGGUCCUAAUGAACUUUGUCAGCAACAGUCUGAAAUUCACUCCUGCGCAUGGCUCUGUUACAGUUCGUGUUCGAUGCACAGGUCUUGUCGAGAACUUUCCCAGUCGAGCAGGAAGCGCGCGGAAAUCGUCCCUCAACUCGCGAAAAUCGAAGUCUUCAAGUAAUAAGCGAGUUCGGAUGUCAGAUGGCUCGCUGGUUUUACCAGAUAGCGGAGACCAUGACAAGAAUCAUUCAAAUUCUGGUGGAACUGAAGAUUCGAAACUCAGCAUUAAUGUGGCUGGAGGCACGACGCACAUACCGAAAAUCGUGGAAAGGCAACGAUCUAUGUCACCUCCACCAGUGAACACCAAAGACUUGAGCUUCGAAUUCGAGGUUGAGGAUACGGGACCUGGGAUUCCACCUGAACAACAGAAAAUGAUAUUUGAACCCUUUGUACAGGGCGACCUUGGCCUGAGCAAGAAAUAUGGAGGUACCGGACUUGGUUUAAGUAUAUGUGCUCAAUUAGCGGCACUGAUGGGUGGCGACAUUUCUCUCGACAGUAAGGUAGGGGUUGGCAGCAAGUUUACUAUGAGGAUUCCGCUUCGUUAUGUAUCGGAGCGCACCCCUUCAAUGGCGUCCUCGACACACAGGACAGCCUCCAAAGCCAGCAGUCUUGUUGGCCAAGCAUUGCAUGAUCAACCCGACCCAACAACGCACAACCAUAGUGGCUCAACGGCUUCCUUACCCUCGGCGCGGGAUGACCAGCUGAAACUGGCCGAUGUCCCAAGAAUAGUCGGGUUUACUCAACCCUAUGUGGCCAAAAAGACAACAAGCAGCGACUCAUCGCAGGCAAAGCUCAAUGAGAUAAAGAAAGUGGAAAAUGAAGCUGCUCAGAAGGGUCGAAAAGUUCGCGUGCUCGUGGCGGAAGAUAACCAGGUGAACCAAGAAGUGGUGCUUCGCAUGUUGAGGCUGGAGGAUGUUUAUGAUGUCACUAUUGCGAAAGAUGGACAAGAAGCCUUCGAAAAGGUUCGAGAAUCCAUGGUCAGCGGGCAACGGUUUGAUCUAGUCUUUAUGGAUGUGCAAAUGCCCAAUCUCGACGGGAUCCAAUCAACGAGACUUAUACGGGAAAUGGGAUUCAAAUCACCUAUUGUCGCCCUGACUGCGUUUGCCGAGAAGUCUAAUGAAGAUGAAUGUAUGGCCUCCGGGAUGGACUAUUUUUUGGCAAAGCCGAUUCGAAGACCUGCCCUCAAACAAGUCUUGAAGAAGUAUUGUGCAACAAUACCAGAGGAGGAAAACGAGGGAAGUUCAACUGCGGUGCCCCAGGCCAAUGAAAAUGAAGUAUGGCAAUCAAAGAGUGGUCAGGCGGCACCGAAAGAGCUCAACAUUGAUGCGUUGGACUCAAGCGACGUAUCACCUUUAUCAUGA